CUGCCACAAGGCACUGCUGUCAUAAGUCCUUAUACUCCUUACCCGCAGCACAAAAGAAAGUCCUGCGGGCAUCAUGCAGCUGGUGUUGAAAGCCAGCCAAGUUAUUCUAUAAGAGGGCCCUUGGGCUCCGAUUGAUACGCUUCAUGUGCUGACAGGAGUGGCCCUGCCCCACACAUGGAGAACGAAGCACAUUCCCUAGUUGUGGACUUCUGGUCUCACGCAAGUAACACGCAGCAAGAAUAGCUUCACUUUGAAGCCUGGGGGAAUGCUAUCACAAUGCCACACUAUACAGAAAUAUCCAUUAGGUCCAUAGCUGAAAUGCUUAAGAGAGCCAGAGAUAUUGCACAUCGCACUCCGGAUGUUCCUGAAGAAUUACGAACCUGCUUGCAGAAAGCUCUUGAUGCAACAAGGGGACUGGAACUUUCCUCAACAUCAUUGGGCAGUUCUAACAGGACAACAUCCUCUGUGGAUUGCCAUCAAAAUGACCUAUUUUGUGAAACUAAAAUCAAGACUAAGGAAGAACAACCCUCAUGUGAUGCAGAAGGCCAACUUUAUAGAAUGCUGGUGCAGAUGAUGAGAGCCAGAAGAAUUUUAGUAAUAGGCAUGUUCAACUUUCCAUGCCUUCUGGCUAUGGUUGAUGUGGUUCCAGAUGAUGGGAAGAUAACUCUAUGUGCCCCACAGUCAUAUUUGGGAGAAGCCACCCAGAAAGCACCUGAUUUCUUAUCUCAUAGGAAGAAAAUAAGGGAGAAAAAUGGACCUAUAACAGACUCUCUUAAGGAGUUUGCAGCCAUGGGGGAAGAUUUUGAUAUAGUCUUUCUUGAUGCUGAUCAAAGGAGCCCUGCUGAGUACUAUCGCUUUGUCAUGGAGAACCAUUUGCUGAGGAUGGAUGGGAUGCUCUGUGUGAGGAACGCCCUCAUGAAAGGACGUGGCUACCUGGAGAAUACUGCAGAUGAAAAUGUAUUAGAUGUCAAAACACUGAAUCAAGUAAUUAAUUCCGAUCCUCGCACAGAACAGGUUAGUGUGAAGCAAUUAAGGCUGACGCUGACGCUAGGAGGCAUCUGGCUGCAGGUACUAGCAGGUGUGCACGCUUUCUCUCCCAGUCUACACCACGCCAGCCAGACACACACAUUUUCCAUUCCAAUGCAUUUUAAGAAGGUUUCCCACUUCCAGGUAAUUUUACCUGUUCAAGGAGGCUUGAUUCUUCUGCGAAGGCAAUCCCUCUGUAUUCAUGGAGAGACCAGUCCAAGAGGUGUAGUGAAAGAUGAAGUGUUUUGGGGCUUCCGUGGAUGUCGCAUCCUUGACCGCCUGCAACUAGAUGGAAAAGUCGCAUAUAUCACUGGUGGAGGUCAGGGGAUUGGGCGAGCCUUUUGCCAUGCAUUGGGUGAAGCAGGUGCCAAAGUUGCUGUUGUGGAUCUGAUUCCUGCAAAGGCAGAUGCAGUGGCACAUGAGCUAAGCCUCAAAGGGAUAAAAAGCAUGGCUGUUGUGGCAGAUGUAAGCAAGCCAGAAGAUAUCCAGAAGAUGCUUGAUAAAGUUGUGGCUAAGUGGGGCACAGUCCAUAUUGCAUGUAACAAUGCAGGGAUCAACAUGAACUCCCCGAGCGAAGAAACUUCUCUGGAGGAAUGGGACAAAACUUUUAGUGUGAAUUUACGAGGCUUGUUUUUGUGCUGCCAAGCUGCAGGCCGCAUUAUGCUGAAUCAAGGAUAUGGGAAGAUAAUUAACACAGCAUCUAUGGCAAGUUUAAUAGUUCCACAUCCCCAGAAGCAAUUGGCAUACAAUACUUCGAAAGCUGGUGUUGUAAAGUUAACUCAGACACUGGGGACCGAGUGGAUCAACAGAGGAGUGAGAGUGAACUGCAUUUCUCCGGGGAUUGUAGACACACCGCUCAUCCAUUCUGAGGAACUGAAGCCGCUUGUGCAGCGCUGGCUCACAGAUAUUCCAGCUGGAAGGCUCGCUCAAGUGACAGACUUGCAAGCUGCAGUCGUAUACUUGGCAUCUGAAGCUUCAGAUUAUAUGACUGGCCACAAUUUAGUCAUAGAAGGAGGUCAAAGCUUAUGGUAGAGAAAGGAAAGGGAAUUUCUUUUUCGUGAGUUCAGAGAGAUAGUAAGUACAAUUCGAAGGCUCUAUGAUCACAUCCCAGUUCUUUGCAAGGUACUAUAGCUUCGCUGCUGAAAUCUCUAUUUUUUUUAUAAAAAGCAAAUAAAUACAUGUAGGGAAUGUACUUGAGCACAGUAUUUUCAAACAGCUAUUUUAGUUCAUUCGUCCAUAGCUUAUGAAAAGAAAAUCGGCACAUGGAAUGGAAGGAUUGCAUAUUUUUUCCAGACCAGGCCCAGACUGCUUGUUAUAAAGGUCAAAAACAGUUUUCUCAAUAGUGAAAUAAAUACCUUGUAGAUUGACAAAUUGUAUUGUGUUUAAAAAGUACAAAAAACUGUUGAAAUGUAAACCUACAUUUUAGAAUUUGCUGAUAGAAAAUGUGUGUGUACGCGCCCUCAAAUUGUGUUGUGUUUCAAAAGCUAAAACACCCAAUUUGAUCCCAGACAUUGCAUUUGACUUUUUGCUAUAUUAUUGGCUCAAGUAAUCAGGGAAAUAUUUAUAUAUAACAGAUGUAAUAUCAGAUACAAAAUACAGAAAAAGGAAGAAAAAAUGCUUUCCUAAACAUUUUGACUCCAAUAUUUUAGAUUAAAGACAGACAGCCUGUGAGUUGGUCUGUGCUUCAGCUUUAUCCAUUCACCACUUUAGUUUUCAAAUUUAAAAUUAUUUAGUAAGUUACAAUAAAAUGCUUCAGAAUAAUUUUCUGCCACUAUAUUAAAAUAAAUUUGAUUCA